AUGUAUCUAUCUAUCUAUCUAUCUAUCUAUCUAUCUAUCUAUCUUAGCCUGUUCUUAUCUAUCUAUCUAUCUAUCUAUCUAUCUAUCUAUCUAUCUAUCUUACAUAUAUUACUUUUCCCUCUUUAUUUUCAAUUCCGUCUCACAACGUCUAUUACAGAGGAAUAUAACUCUUUCUUUUUCUCACUUAUCCGAAGGCAAUUUUUAAAAAAAUACGGUGUUUCUGAAGUCGAAAAAAUUGAUGUCAAAUCCAAACUACAGAUUACAAGUUUUCCUCCUCCCAACGUUCGUUCUUGGGACUUAUCCUCCUCCAUCACACUCCCAUGCGCCUCCGUCAAGUCCCUAUGCGCUACUGAAAAGAGUAUCCCGCUAAUUUCCAUCAUUAUCUAUCUAUCUAUCUAUCUAUCUAUCUAUAUAUCUAUCUAUCUAAUUACCUUCAUUAUCUAUCUAUCUAUCUAUCUAUCUAUCUAUCUACGGGAAAUUUUUGGCCGAUCUAAUCAUAUCUAUCUAUCUAUCUAUCUAUCUAUCUAUCUAUCUAUCUAUCUAUCUAUCUAUCUAGUUCAUUCCAAUCAUACCUAUCUAUCAAUCUAUCACCUGAUGUCUGUUCACAUCUAUCUAUCUAUCUAUCUAUCUAUCUAUCUAUCUAUCUAUCUAUCUAUCUGUACAUUUCUAUCUAUCUAUCUAGCUAGCUAG